AUGGUCGUGGAUAAGCAUGAGCGCUUUAUGCGAGAAGCUCUUCUUGAAGGCGAGAAAGCUCUAACCCGAGCAGAGGUACCGGUCGGUUGCGUGUUCGUCUACAAGGGCGAGAUUAUCGCUCGUGCAUCAAAUCGCGUCAACGAGCUCUACAAUGUGAAGACGCUCAUUAUUCGCCACCGUGCCACCAUGCACGCCGAGAUCGUGGCAAUUGAUUCAAUCGCAGCCAAAUACAGCGAUCAAGCAAGUGAAGUACUAGCUGAUUGCACGUUGUACGUGACGUGUGAGCCAUGUAUAAUGUGUGCAGGAGCGCUCGCGCUUAUUUCUAUAAAACAUGUGUACUUUGGAUGCCAUAACGACCGAUUUGGAGGUUGUGGCUCCGUGCUCAACCUACACAAGCGCAGCGCAUUACCAGAAAGCAAAUGUCACCGCGGCUUUCCAUGCGUAUCAGGCAUCCUCAAAGACGAAGCGAUCUCACUACUUCGAAAUUUUUACAACAGCGAAAAUCCACGAGUGGAAAGCUCUAAGAAGAAGAGAAAGAAGCGUUUACAUGAAGACGAAGAGAUUGCAUCGGGUUGCUUGCGUGCAACCAAUGUGCGACCCGUUCUGGGUUUGCACAUACAAGUUGCUGAAGAAUCGAAAAAGUCUAUUGCUCAUUUCCACGUGCUGAGAGCACAAAUUGCAAUAACCAACUUGCAGAAAGAUGUGGAUGCGUUAGACCGCGUGCUGUUCCGCCUAGCCAGCGCAGAUGACGAGCGCAUGCAUCAGGUUCUACAAUUACUUCUUCCUCAGUUACUUUUGCUCUUUCCACGCUCCGUUGUGACGCCAUCAGAACUGCAGCUAAGGGAUAAGAUUCUUCAAGUAAUUUCACACAUUAAAAAGCGACUCCAGGCGCUGGCUCAUCCUGUGUUACCACUAGAUGCCCUUUGCAAUUUGCUACAGCAAGAUGAGCUUUCCGUCUUCUCGUAUAACUUUACUCUACUUUUUAUAGAGAUUGGAUUUGAGGUUGCAUCGACGGAAGAGCAGACAAAAGUCUUGGCAGCAGUUGUCAAGAAGAUUUCAAGUGUCUCGAAUAGUAAUCAGGAGGCAGUUUUUAGAAUGCUGAUACGCGCGCUACCUAUAAAUCCUUCUAAUCUUUUUCUAAGGCAAAAGAAAGAAGCUAGAAGUGAAAAUGGGUUGGGAGAGGAUGUAACAUCGCUGACUAACAAUACGGUGGAGCAAUUGUACGAGAAUGAUUCAAACGUCCACGUGGUGCUUGACUUUUUGAUGGAUUUGGUACUGUAUGAGCCACCGUCGUCCGCCACUGUAGGUUCUGUGCCUUAUGGGUUGAUGCCAUUGCGGCUGGAGCGACUGCAAAGAGUCAAAGUGACGGAACUUUGUCGCGAGAUUCUUUACGAACGCCAACUGUGUGCAUUGAAGUUUGUAAAACAAAUUGCUGUUUCCACAAAGCUCAAACUUCCUAUCUAUCUUGCUGGUUGUGCUUCAUUUAAUCAUGCGGUAAAAGUAUAUAGUGAGGAGCAGUCGUCGCGUGUGACGAAGUAUGAAAAACAGUAUUUGGAGGACGAAGCUUUAAUGCGCCGAUUGAUGACAUUAGUGCUUGGAAGUCAAGUGGCCAUGGAUUCUAAUGCAUUUGAAUGUCGUGAUUCAAUCCUGAUAGCUGAACGAACACGCUUCGCCGAUGCGAGCAUACUGCAGACGCUGCCACUUCUAUCACUUUCUGUAGCAGCAACAAACGUUGUACCUACAAUAUUGCAAUUGUUGUGCCAUUUAAUGCUCGGAACUGAACCGUCAAGACCGCCAAAUGUGGCAAGCAAGAUAAAGUUGGCAAGCGUACAUUUAUGUCAGUGGACUGUACAAAAAUGUCAACAACCGGUGGUAGAAAAUCUGCUCGGCCCUAUCAUGUUGCCAACCUUUUUACGAUUAUUGCUUGAUCCGCAUAUCGAGAGUGAAGCAUCAAGUAUCAUUUUCCUAAACGAAUUUCGUCAGGGUAUUUAUGAAACGUUGUCAGGAUUAGCAAUUCGUACGCCGACAUUAGUCGCAGCGUCAGAGCAGGCUUUUCAAGUGUUGCUUGUGCGCUGCCUUGCGGAAGAAGAGCAUCGCACUGGUGCUGGUGCUAAUGCUUUAAAGACGUUCACCACUUUUGCAUGUACGUAUGCGACAGCUGCCACGCCGAAAGUGCGAGACAAAGUUCAACACGAGCUUACUGCAUUGCUAAACGGCUCAAAACUUUUUGAUAGUAGUCAUAAUUAUAUACGUGUACGAGCUGCUAUCGCUGCUUGGUGUGCUGAGCUGUUAACGGCCUCAUCAACUGGGGAUGUAUCAUUGCGGUUUGCUGUGUUACGGCUAAGAAAAGAUUGUGAUGACGACACGCGGAGUUUGCUUGAUAAGGCCCUUUUUGCAAAUCCGUUGCCAUCUGUAGGUGCAGUGGCGAGGUAUCUUAAAGACUCGUUUCCUAUUAAGGAUUUGAAGGUGAACAUGAGAGAUGCGGGGGCUGCUGAAUGUUGUGUGCAGUUUUGCCUUAAGAUUUUAAAAGCUUCCAUAACGGGCGACAGCAGCCAAGUAGAUGCUGACGAUCACAGAUGCGUCCUGGAAUAUAUGCUACAAACACUUUUGGGGCCAACAGAGUCGAGCAACAUGCCAAGAACACAUAUAUCAGUCUACAAAUCGACAGCAAUUGCACUGGUGGAAGUGUGCGAGCUUGACGCUCUAAGCGUGGGUAACAUUUUGGCUGAUCAAGUGAAAGACAUUUAUAAUCUUGCUGCUGUAAGCCAAGAUCGCGCGUAUUUGUUAAAUAUUUCGACCAUUGUCAGGUAUUCAUGCAGUGCCGGGGCGUUCACGGUCAGCCAACUGGUUAAAGAAAUUGUUAAAACUGGCAUCGAACAGCUUGAUGCAGACACUUGUUCUGACAAUCAGUUUUUGGGGGCACUAUAUAUUCUAGGAAGUGCUAUAGGCUACCUCGGCGAGAACUCCCCACUACAGGAUGCGCUGAUGAAUGAAGAAUCGCAAUUGCUUCUGUCUUGCUAUGAGAAGAUGUCACAAAUUCUGGAAUUGAAGGUCCAGGAAGGGUCGAAAUUUGCAUCUUACCCUAAGAGUGAGCAUGCUCAGAAUGACCUCGUGGAACUGCUUCGUAGUAUCCUGGAUGGCAUUGGUCUCAGCGGGAACCUGAUAGGUCUUAUGCAGAAUUUGGAUGCCAGUAAGUGGAGCUUCUUGAAGAUCAAAGUGCUUGACAGUAUGAGGCGUGUAGUUGAGUGGAAGCUUCGAUCUGCCCAUAUCGAUGACCAGCUGCGCUCAAAGCUGUCAGCUUUAAAGCAAGUAGCAAUCGAGAAUCUUGGCCGAAUCGCAUCGGGUUUACCAAGCAUCAACACCUCCUCGAAGGACCAUGUUGGCCAUGAAGAAAUUUUAAACGCCCUGAUUAGUUUGAAGGAUGAAACGAAUCCCGAGCUACACAUCCAUGUAGGCGAAUGUCUUGUUUCGCUCGGGAAUCAUGGUGUUGAAAAGUUUGCUGCUAAUCGCAAUACCCAAGUCGAUUUUUUUGCAGAAAAUCGUGCUCUUGUUAUCGUUGAGCGCAUUUUGGUCGAAUGUGCUGGCUCCCGACAGCUUAAAGUUCGUCGUAGCGCAACAAUAUGGCUUCUAUGUAUGUGUGCGGCAGGUCUGGGUUCACCCUCCGGAAUUGUGCCCACCACGUCGUGGGAAUACGUCUUUGGCCUUUCUGCCUACUCUCAUGUAAUGUUGAAGGCACACGAUUUUUUUGUGACAAUGCUUAAUGAUGCAAAUGCAGUCUCAAAUGAAAGUGCGAUUAAAGGACUUGCUUAUUUGCGGCUGCGUGCACCGACUAACGACAUGGGUACGCAGUUUAGCGACAAUUUAUUUCGCAGACUACGAUGCUUUCGAGCUUUUGGAUCUUCUGCUGAUGUAACUGAUGAUAAUGAAAACGGACGGUCUCUUGGGCGACGAGAUGGUUCUGCCGCUUCUACUAUUGGAUCUGAAGCAAAUUCGGAUCCCGAUGUUGAAAAUGCUGCGUACCGCGAGGUUAGCAAUAUAGCCGCGGAUGUUGGUGACGCACAACUUGUGUACGAGCUGUUAUACAUAAGCACGAAAAACCCAAUAUGGGAAAUCAAUGCCUCAUCAUCUACUUCUUUCAAGCUGAUCCAGACGAACAACUUCUCGUUUGCAGUGACUGACAAGAAUUUUUGCGCUUUUAUUGUUGCCAGAGCUCGCAGUCAAUGGACGACCAAAGAUGAUCUCUGCAAGACAAAACUAAUACCUUGGUUGUUCCUGCUGAAAUUUCAUUCUAACAGUAAAGUAGCUGAAAUCAUGGGCACUUUGUGGAAUUUUGCAAAAGAGAAACUUGCCUCGGCAUCUGAUGGCGAAGACACGAUGCUUCGACAGAAUUGGGCUCCUAUUUUUAAAUUUUCAUUAACUCGACUGGAGAACGCUCGGAAUGCUAAAUACCGGGAAGCUGCAUGCCUUGCUCUUGUAAAUUUACUCAAUGGUGCUGAGGCAUACAAAUUACAAGAUGAAUUUUCACGAAUCUGGAAAACGGCAUCACGUGCGGUAGACGAUGUCAUGGAAUCAGUCGCGCUUUCGGGCAUGAAGCUUUAUCGUACCUUAGGCGAGGUAAGCUUGCGCGUGGCCGCAAGCGAUGCACAGUGUCGCUCACAACUCUUGGAUUUUCUGGUCAAUAAUGGAAUUGUAAGCAAGAAUACUGUUUGUCGGGCACUGAGUAUUGACAUCUUGUUACGUCUUGUCAAGAUCCUUAAGACCGAUGAUAUGCAAGAACAUUUGGCGCCACUGUUAUUGAAGUUGCUUGAGUUCUUGUCCUCGUUGGAAAUGCCAGAGCUACAGUACGCGCAAUUCCACGUGGAGAAGAAGGAUCAAUUGGAGCGUUUGCGUGUUUCAAUCAGCCAGGCGGGACCUGUUGGUCAACUGCUAGAAUUGACAACCAAUCGCUUAAAGGAGCUUGCUCAAACAUCAGCGUGUAAAACGACGGUCUCUGAGCUCAUUCACGGUGUGAUAAACCUCCUCAAAUUCGGUGUUGGACUAAAUACUCGAGUUGGAAGUGCCAACUUUGUCGUUACACUUGCAAAUGAGCUUUCACAUGAACUACGCAAGUGCAACGGCGCCGAGUUGUUGCUGCGUCGUGUAUUUAUUCCAUAUGUUGGUGCGAAGACUGCAGCCGAAAAUGAUCAAUACGGAGACGAAGAGAGUCGCUACGGUGGCGGAAUCGUUAGCACUUCAACUGAACAGAAUGACGCGCAUUUGACAGCGACAUCAGUAUUGUCGGAUGGAUUAGUCAUUCAAAGCUAUUGUCGAGCUGCUGCAUACUUAUGUCCUUUGGUGGAUGCUACCACAAUACAUGAUUAUGUUCAUUCUGGUAUCUUCGCUUUUAAUACGUCAAGUCAAAUUGCUGAAAGCCUAAGUCACGAAAGAUUAGUGAUCGGCAGCGAGAAUGCUAAAAAAGUCAAGUCAAAGUCUAAUCAAGUUUACACCAGUCGAUAUUUGUUAAUUUGUGCACUCGCAACAAACCAGCUAGUACAGAAGGUUCCGCCGAUUUCUGAUGCAGCAACAGUGGUGUCUGACGAUUUGCGUAACAAGUGGUACUGCACUCAUGUGUUCCCCGCUGCUUACAUAGGUCAGUUUGCUGCUACAGAUGCUCUCAAAAUAUCGUGGACAGUAGUACUGGAUGAAUUACCGCCUACUAUACUAUAUGCCUCGGACUCCUUAAAUGCUCUUCUUCGAGCAAUCGCUCUGCUGCUGGCACAUCCGGCUUGGGAUACGCGUCGACAAGCAGCUCACGCUUUGCAAGCGCUUUUCGCAAGUUCCGCGUACCGUUUACGUCUAUCAAUGGAUCAAGUUGAGCAAAUCUGGCAAAAUCUGAUUGACUCCGUGCCGGGUCGUCUUUGGAGAGGUAAGGGCGUCGUCUUGGAGUCAAUUGUUUCCUUGGCGGCUCUUAAAAUGAUUAAUAGCAGCAAAGGCGAAAAUACUGAAGAUUGGAUAGUGACGCUGUCGCUACUCUUUAUAGAUGAGUGUGUUCGUGCAUGGAAAAAUCAAGAUUUGGCUUAUCUUGAAAAAGCGAUCGAGAAUCUGGGAAAGUUUACCGCGUUGCUACCAGCUGAGUUUAAUAAUUUACGCGAAUCCAAUGUACGAUCAUUGAGAAGUGCGUUUGCCAACUGGAUUACUACAGACACGACCGAUGUCAAUGUCUCUAGCAAGCAAUUGCUGCCCCCGUUACUAAUUAAGAGCUUUUUUGAAGCCCUGGCUCUCAUGUGGCCAAAAUCAGCUCCACAAUAUAUCACGGAUAUUGAAGGCACGCAAAGCUGUGCGGAGACCAUAUUGUGGCUGUGUGCUAGUGUCGAGUCCCCCCAUUUUGCUGCCUGGAGUGUCCGCAAAGCCAUUUUUCGAGCAUUAGCUGCGCUUACGGAGCGAGUGCGAGCUGAAGAGCUUCAUAAGGGCGAAAGUGUGCUAGAGCGUGUAAUUGAUAGCUGCUGUGGAUCGUUUGGUGUGGCAGAUGGCAAAUACUCAAUGGUGCGUGUGGCUGCAGCUGAAGCUCUCGCAGCGUUACUCAGACGAUCACAAGAUGACUUGGACAUGGCGUUGAGGUUAGUAGUUCAGAGAGAACGCGUAAUAGCAGCUGUGCAGACACUGCUGCAAAGUGAAGAAGCAUCGGAGCAAAAGGCAGCCUUUACUUUGAAGUCACUGGAGACGAUAUGA